AUGACCGUGGCCCAGGCGACGCCGCCAUCGCCAGCGUUCGACCGUGCGCCGCCGGCGCCACCAGCGCCGCACGGUCGGGCAGCUGCGCGGCGGACGGAGGCCGAGCGGCAGGUGCACUUCUUCCGCAAUGUUUCAAAUCGCCAGCGUCAGGCGGCCUCGGCUGAAAGCACGCCAAAGCAGCGCUGCUGUGGCACGGAGUCCCGCGGAUCACGCAGCACAGCGCAAGCCACUGCAGCGCAAGGCAACAGCCCGCGCUUUCUUCGCCUUUUCGAGGACUCCAUCCAAAGAAGGUUUCGGCUGCAACGGUUGAAGCAUCAGGUGGAGAAGGAUGAGGAGCAGAGAGCACAAAGUGCUAUGACGCCCACUCCCGGUCGGGUGCGCUACGCGGCCUGGGAGCGGCGCUCGGGCGAGCCGAAGCCUGCAGUGGGUGAGAGGCUCUACAACGACGCUGCCAGAAGAGCCCUAAAGAUGCGGCACUUGCAGGAGAUGCGGGAGGAGCUGGAACGACAGCAGGAGCAACAGGAAGCGACCGUCGCACGGCCAGGCGUCUCAGCGGCGCUGUCAAGGCACGUCCAGGUCCUCACAGGAUCCUGCUGGAUUGAAGACCAGGAAGAAGAUGGACAGACUUCGCGACAUCAAGCAGAAGAACGAGCUUGA